CUGCCUCUCGUUCCCGCAGCCACAACUCACAGAGAAGAGAGAGAGAGAGAGAGAGAGAGAGGAGAAACGGCGAUCGUAGAAGAAGAAGAAAAACCAGAUCCACAACUACGAGAACAACCACCACCGGUCCACUGGUAUCUCUCUCUCCCUCUCAACUGUGGAAGUUCAAGAAAGCUGUGGGAAGACAUGGCAAAUUCAGGGCUAACUAGCUUACAAUCUCUUGGAGUUGAUUGCCGCAAAGAUUAGGCUGAAAACUUCUUGCAGUACAUGGAUAUGAUGUAGUUGGGGCAAAUGAAAGAAUGGUUUGUAUAUUUUCAACUAAGUUACUAAAUAUAUGUAUAGCUUCUUUUUGUAAAGCGAAACAAUUGGGGAAAGCGGAAGCAAUUAUAGUUGAUGGUAUAAGAUUAGGAGUACUACCGGACGUGGUAACAUACAACACACUGAUUGCUGCCUAUUGUCGUUUUAUUGGCAUAGACACAGCUUAUUCAGUAGUGCAUAGAAUGAAGGAAGCUGGGAUAAACCCAGAUGUUGUUACGUAUAAUUCUCUAAUAGCUGGUGCGAGCAAGCAUUGCUUAUUAUCUCGGUGCUUGGAUCUGUUCGAAGAAAUGCUUCAAAAGGGCCUACGUCCAAAUGUGUGGAGUUACAACUCUUUAAUGCAUUGCUUCUUCAAAUCAGGACAACCAGAUGAGGCUAACAGAGUGUUUCGGGACAUUAUCUUGAGUAAUAUUGAUCCUUGCACAACCACAUUUAACAUUAUGAUUAAUGGUCUUUGCAAAAACGGGUAUACUGAGAAUGCCUUAAUGCUAUUCAGGAAUUUACAACGCCAUAGAUUUACUCCCCAGAUAGACACAUACAAUAUCCUCAUUAAUGGGCUUUGCAAGGCAGGAAGGUUAGGGGCAGCACGAAGAUUACUAGAGGAGCUUGGACAAUCAGGCCAUAUACCAAAUGCUAUUACUUAUACUACUGUAAUGAAAUGCUGCUUUAGAUCUAGAAGGUUCAAACAAGGGCUUGAGAUCUUUACAGAGAUGAAGGAGAAAGGGUACACAUUUGAUGGCUUUGCAUAUUGCACAAUCAUUGGUGCUUUAGUUAAAAUGGGUAGGACAGAAGAGGCAAAUGGACUCAUGGAAAAUAUGGUUACGGAUGGCAUUGAGCUUGAUAUGGUGUCUUAUAACACUCUGAUUAAUAUGUAUUGCAAGAAGGGUAACUUGGAAGCUGCCUAUAACUUGUUGGAUGAGAUUGAGAAAGAAGGGUUUGAAUGCGACGAGUACACACAUACAAUUCUGAUUGAUGGAUUGUGCAAAGCAAGUAAUAUUGAAGGGGCAGAACGCCAUUUGAGGUACAUGACUGUGAUGGGGUUUGAUUCAAACUUAGUUGCUUUCAACUGCUGGCUGGAUGGUUUGUGUAAAGCUGGUGAGGUCGACUAUGCAAUGAAGGUUUUCAAAUCUAUGGAGUUAAAGGACUCCUUUACGUGCUCCUCCUUAGUGCACAAUCUUUGCAAGGCUAGGAGAUUUCACAGUGCAGCCAAGCUCUUGCUUUCUUGUUUAAGAAGUGGCGUAAAAAUACUUAGAUCUGCCCAAAAGGCUGUUAUCUUGGGGCUUAAUUCUUCGGGAUAUAGUAGAGAGGCAAGCAGGCUUCGGUCAAAAAUUCGAUUGGCUAAGCUUUUGCAUUUCUGAGUUGUAUUAUAGCUUCUUUUUGCUGGAAGUUGGAAGAACAUUAAUUAAGGGCUAUUCUUUCUUCACAGCUUUGGUUCACCUUGAUGACUUAAAAUUCAGUUAAGAGUGUAACACCUUCCCAAGCCAUGCCAGGGAUUGAAUUCUGGAAGAGAGUUGAUGAAAUAUUAGCCACUUUUCAUUGUGUCACAAUGUGUUGAACUCCAUAUGCUUGGAAGGAUGGGCCGGCUAUGCCAAAAUUAUUGUGUCCGACACCAAAUAACUUAUACAUUUAAAAGACAUUUUGAAGGAUGUGCUAGAGCUGCAGGUAAGGUGGUUGAUAUUAUUCAUUGUGGACUUCGUUUGAGGAUUGCUUACCCCUGGAAAAAAUGGAAUCUAUGCAAAUAUAGCCCAUCUCAUGAGCCAGCUUUGGUGGCUUACAAAUGUGGAAGAUGGAGGAAACAUACUUAAAGUCGACGUUGCGGGUGAUAUAUGUCUCAACAGACAAGAUUUCGGUCAGGAUUCCUCUGAAGACACAGAACUAUAACGAAUGUCAAUUUUCAUUUCCUUCACAAGUACGGAGUUGAAACUUGCCGGAUACGCAAAUGAUGAGAAAGACUCCACACCAUGAAGUCUUGUUGUCAUUACAGACCAAUUCGGAAGAACCAUGGGAGUAUAAAAGCCAAAACAAGGCAUGCCAAUAACAAGUUGCAGGUGGAGUUCCUACACUGACAUGGAUUGCGGGAAGGGUCUGCCGCACUCCGCGUCAGCCUUGUCUGAUUCCACUCCACCAUGAAUAUUCUGGUGUCCUGCAUUCCAGGUCUCAGCACAGUGAAGGUGGGAGAAACCAAGUUCAGCUUUGCAGCCACAACCAAGUUGGAUGAGUUCGGAAUUCUCCGACGAGUUCUCAGGACUCAGGUGACAUAUCCUGCAAACCUUUUCUGCUCUCCAACUUUCACCACCACCACUAGAGGAUUGCCGAUCGCUUUUAACAUCAAUGACGCAAUCCUCUUCCGGCUCCGGUUCCACUGCCUUCGCUUCUUGUUCCUUUCCUGACGGCUCUGAUGUCUGAGGAAUUUGAGUUUUUGGGGUUGAAUCGCUGUCUUCUGCUCCCCCAAUUUCACCACCACCACCACCACCACUACUGGAGGAUUGCCCAUUGCGCUUAGCAUCAAUGACACAAUCCUCCUCUGGUUCCACUGCUUUCGCUUCUCCUGAGAGCUCUGACGUUCGAGGAAUUUGAGUUUUCGUGGUUGAAUCGCUGUAUUCUGUGCUUUCAAUUUCAGUUGCAUUACUAGGUUGAACUCCGACAACUGAGUUUGUUGAGAUGUCUUCUUGUUUCUGUGCUUCAGGCUCCAUCGCUAACCCAACAAUGGUUUUGCUUGGCCACUACUGAAUCACCUCCAUGAUGUUUUCCUUCCAAAACCUAGUGAAACAUUUUGCAAUACAGCGUCACAGAUUUAUGGUUUUUCUGUUUUAGCUCCAUUA